CUAGUCCGGUAACCACGCUGCGGACUCCGCCGCCCCUCACACUGCCAUCGAAUUGUUAUCUAAAUAUCCGUUCCAGGGGCCUCGCCUCUCGCGGCGCUGUCGUGAUUUAUCAUUUUUUCUCAGCGAAAUUAAACGAAAAUUCGGCCCCGUGCCGCUGAUCGUGCAAAUCGUGCUCGCUCGAUCGAUCGACUGCAUUAAAAAUCGAAAAACUACUAAAAUCAUUCGCGGUCGUGUUUUGCCGUUUUUGUUGCGCUAAUAUAUAUCAUUGAAGCUUUAAUAUAUUGAGUGGCGAAUCGGAGCUUAGCCGUACAGAGUAAAGCGAGUGGUGCCGUCCUGUGCUUAGUUCGUACGGUGAUCAGUGCGUCGAUAUCAGAGGUGUUUUUGGCGAUAUUUUAGUUGCGAGCUUUAGCGAUAUUCUUUGUAUCGUUUGUUUUUUAUUUUAUUUGCUAUUAUUGUGACAAAACGCGAUCCAUGCUUGGAGUUAUGACUACCAUGAGGAGGGGAAGAUAACCGAGCAUCUAUGCAAAACACGGCAAUAGCGCUGCUGGAGACGGCGUCGGCCUACGAGCGAGCCGUCCUGGAAUGUGAGCACCUGGCGGCGUCCGAGCACGGCGGGUUCCGGUGAGAGCGUUGGCGCGGCAGCGGCAUGGACGAGCGCGGGCCCCCUGACGUGCCGUUGAUCGUGACGCCGCCGGGCGCGGGCGGCGGCGCGGGCGCGGCGCUGACGACGCGGCGCGCCGUCUCCGCGCGCGGCUCCCGCGACGACCCGCCGUCCACGUGGCGCUCCUCGGUGCGUGUCCGCGACACCAGUUUCCGCGGCUCCCGAAAAAGCGUCGUUCGCCUCGAACCGCCCUGUAAUGGCCUCAACGGGUUGCCCGCCAUCGGCAAGGAGGUUCUGUCUCUGGGCGCGACGGGAGGCCACAAGGGAACCACGCAACCAUCCCACCCCUGCACUAUCCUCCACCAUUCUCCUUACAAGGCCGCUUGGGAUUGGUUGAUCCUGAUACUGGUCAUAUACACCGCAAUAUUCACCCCAUACGUAGCUGCUUUCCAACUCAACGAACCCGACUUCGACAAGCGCUCGAGAGCCUUCGGCCAGGACCCCAUCGUUGUUAUUGACAUGAUAGUGGACGUGACUUUCAUAAUAGAUAUUCUGAUCAACUUUCGCACGACGUACGUGAACGCCGCCGACGAGGUGGAGUCGGACCCGACGAAGAUCGCUAUGCACUACUUGCGAGGGUGGUUCCUCAUUGACCUCGUCGCGGCCAUCCCCUUCGAUCUCCUCCUCUUCGGCACCGACACCGACGAACAGGGGCUGGAAAGUGAUGAGACGACGACGCUGAUCGGGCUGCUGAAAACGGCGCGGCUCCUGCGGCUAGUGCGGGUCGCGCGGAAAAUCGAUAGAUAUUCGGAAUAUGGAACUGCCGUCCUUCUUCUUCUUAUGGCUACUUUUGUUCUUAUUGCGCAUUGGCUUGCUUGUUUAUGGUACGCGAUUGGAAGUUGGGAACGGCCGCAGCUGCACGCGCCGAUUGGCUGGCUCGACGCGCUCGCUAACGACGUACAAGCUACAUACGACAAUUCUACUGGACCCUCUAUGCGAUCUCGGUACAUCACCGCCCUAUACUUCACGUGUACGUCGCUGACGAGCGUGGGCUUCGGCAACGUCGCGCCCAACACUGACAUGGAGAAGGGAUUCACGAUAUUCGUCAUGCUUGUUGGAUCGCUGAUGUACGCCAGUAUCUUCGGCAACGUAUCUGCGAUAAUUCAACGACUGUACUCGGGGACGGCGCGGUACCACACGCAGAUACUUAGAGUUAGAGAGUUCAUUAGGUUUCACCAGAUAACAAAUCCGCUCCGCCAACGGCUGGAGGAGUACUUCCAGCACGCGUGGAGCUACACCAACGGCAUCGACACGUCCAGCGUGCUGAAGGGUUUCCCCGAGUGCCUGCAGGCCGACAUCUGCCUCCACCUCAACCGCAACCUCCUCGCCAACUGCGCCGCCUUCGAUGGAGCUAGUCCAGGCUGUCUUAGAGCAUUAUCAUUAAGGUUUAAAACAACGCACGCACCGCCAGGGGAGACACUAGUUCAUAGAGGAGAUGUUUUAACUUCUUUAUACUUUAUAUCAAGAGGAUCGAUAGAAAUUUUAAAGGAUGAUAUUGUUAUGGCUAUUUUAGGAAAGGACGACGUGUUCGGCGAAAACCCAUGUGUUCACACGACAGUAGGGCGCAGCAACUGCCGCGUGCGCGCGCUGACCUACUGCGACCUGCACCGCGUGCACCGCGACGACCUGCUCGACGUGCUCGACUUCUACCCCGAGUUCCGCGCCUCCUUCGUCAACAACCUCGAGAUCACAUACAACAUGCGGGACGAGGAGCUUGGCGGGAUCGAGCCACGGAGGCGCAUGAAAUACGAGAACCCUAUGGACGCGCGGCUGCUGCGCGAGGCGUACGCGCGCACCACGCGCCGUCCACACACUGAGACCUUCGCCGAUAAGGUGGACUCCCAAUGUAGUGACGAGGACACGGAAUCGCCCCCCAGCAGAGGUAUCCUCGAGUUUUCCGCGGAAAAGGCGGGGCAGGACGUCACGCCACUCAACUUCAACUUCAGCAAACAAAGGUCCACCACCCUCAACUCCAUCACAGGCAUGCUAGCGCAACUUAAAAGGAGCUUCCCAGACCUCUACCACCAUAAAACUCAUCAGCCGCUACACAACAAGUACUCGCAAUCGACGCCGCAGACGUACCGGGGUCGAGCGGCGGUGCGGCGGCAGUCGUCAGUCGGUCCGCUCAACGACACGUCCCCGUUGACGGGCGGCGCGAACGGCGCGGGCGAGCCAGCCGUCAGCACGCCCGCUCACAGCGCGACUCUACCCGUGUCCAGCCUCAGCACUAACCCCAGCUCGUACUACACCAACGCGUCACCCAGCCCGCCCGUGCCGGCGCCCGUCCACGUCUCCUGCGACGACAUCCUCGCGCCCGGUGCCGCGCACGUCGGCCGCGCGCCCUCCUCCCGCUCCGCGCCGCACUCCGCCGUCAACCUGCACCAGAGCGGCCGCCCCAGCGCCCUGCCCUUCACGUCCGAGAGAUUGCAGAGUACCAUCCAGGACGCGGUAUCGCCCCAGUACCAGAACGUGGGUGCGGCGGCGUCGUCGGCGUCGGUGGCGACCAUCCUGUCCCGGCUGGAGGAGCUGAGCCGGCGGGUCGCGGUGCUGGAGACCGGGCUGACGAGCGACGUGCGCCGCAUCCUGCAACUGCUGCAGGCGCGGGACCACCACGCGCACACGCCCUCCCAACCCCUGCCUAAAGCAUCGCUGUCCGUGCCGCAAACCAACGAUUGGGAAUGGAACUGGAACGGCGAGCGCGAGCGCGGCGGUCGUGGCGCGCGCGGGGAGCGCGGCGAGCGCACGCCCGGCGUCCAGCGGUCCGCGUCCGAGCCGCACGCGCCCGUGCCGCCAGCCCUGCCGCCGCCGCCGCACUCGCAUUCUUUUUACAGGUAA